ACUUCCGGUGGAGCGCCAGGCGGCGGCGGCGGCGGGAGGGGCGGGAAGAGCCUCCGCCGCAGGAGUCGGGCGGGCGGGCGAGCGAGCGGAGAUUUGGCCGAGGGAGGCGAGCGGAGAGCUGGCUUCCUCGCCUUGCUCUGCCCUCCUCUCUCCCGCCAUGGCGGUGGACGUGAGGCGGCUGGAGGGCCUGAGCCUUCACCAGCUGAACGAGCUGCUGGACGACGAGGAGCAGCUCCAGAGCAUGGCCAGAGAGAUGGAGGAGGUAGGCUGGGGGGGCGGGGGGGGGCGCCAGCCCUGUCACGUUGCCUUGGAAACCGGCGGGUUAGGGGGGGUCUGUCUCCCUCCCCUCGCCACUAGAUUCAUUUAAUUUAAAAUUUACUCCCCCCGCUUUCAACACCGGCGUUAAUAUCUUAUGUGUUUACUUUAAGGGUGCGGUUAGUUUUCAUUUUUGCUGGAUCCCUGUAACUUCGGGCUUUAAGGUUUUACUCUGAGUAAGUUUUUUUUGUUUUUGUUUGUUUUAAUAAUAUAAAACACACACACACAACUUAGUGCAAAGUCGUCCAGAAAACUUUGUGAAAACGGGGCGGCGUGUAAAUUCUGUAAGCAAAUAAAAUAAGUUUGCAGUAUUGACGCGGAAUGCUUAGUAUAUUAGCCACGAGUAUCUUGGCGCUUAAUAUUUAGUGGUGGCAGUUGCUGCUGUUUACCAUCCUUGUGAUGCAAAGGUGCUACGGUAGUUGCUUCUCUGCUCAGAAGCCACAUAGGAAGUUCAUUAAACAAAACCAUACCUAGCAAUCCUUGAUGUUCUUCUGGGCUUUAGGCGUUUUUAGUUUGCUUUUGUUAACAGGAGGGGGAAGAAGGUAUGUUUAAUGUCGAUAAAGCACAAACCUGUUUACAAAGUGAACAGCGGAGCCCAAAUGCUGUUUUAUAUGCUUGCAGUUUGAUCAUGUAUGUGGUUACUUGGAAGUAGGGCUAUGGGAUUGACUCCCAAGGAAGGAUCCACAGGGUUGCCUCUAUGCUAGGCUAACGUCACUCCAACAACAUAAUCCAACAAUAAUCCAACACUGAGUUGCUCAGUGUUCUGUUUGUAUUGACUCUGGUUGAUUCACAUCAAGUUAAGUGGGGCUUACUUCCCUGUGUGUAGUGUUCAUACUAGUUUAGACCAAUGAAAAAUUGAUGGCAAAAGAAGGAAGAUUAUGCAUGUAUGGCAUCUGCAGUCCCCUGCUCUUCAUGUUGGUGGUGAAGGGACCUUAGUCUUAAUUGCCCCCAUUUCAUAGAAUCAUAGCAUUGUAUGAAAUCCCUUGCAAUGUAGGAAUCUUUUGCUCAAACUGGGGCUUGAACCCACGACUCUGAGAUUGAGUCUUAUGUUCUACAACUGAACUUUUUUGUUUUUCUUGUCUGGGAAAUCAGUGCUUAGGUGUUCUUUUUCCUGUCCAGCCCCAUUGUGCUGUAUGGUUUUAGGGAUUGAAGUUAGGGGUAGAUUGGGUAGAGACAUAGAUUAGGCCACCCUUAUCCAUUUUAGAUCUGCCUUUUUUUCUCCCAAACUAUUUGCUGUCUUGCCAUUGGGAUGUGCGGGUGGUCAUGAAACUUAGCUAGCCUUCCUCAUUGUCUUUCUCCAACCUUUAAUGCUGAAUUAAUACUCCUCCUUUCCUGUUGUUGAAAUGUUUGGGACUGUGUGUUAAGAUCUGGGCAAUUUUUCUUUUAGGGGUCUCUUCAACUGUGUGUUGACCUUUUCUCCCGCCCCAUUGAGAGAUACAGUACUGCAAACUGUAAGGGGCAGGUGUGUCCCUGUUUAGUGAAUUCCAUUUUCAGAAUGACCCUUCCACUUUGAUACUCUCCUCACAUGAGUUGGAUCAGGCCUUGCAGCUGUCUUUCUAGCGCAAGAUUAGAAUCUGUUUGGUGGGUGAGAGGUGUCUGUCUAUGAGUGAUUAGGGAGCAGAGAAGAGAGUGGUUCAGAAUUAUGUGGUGUUGUGGAGGUAGGUGAGAGAGAAGCUGAGACUUUGCAGCUGCCUAGGCAACUGCCUUCUGAUACACGGAAAUAAAAUAGGAAUUAAAACAUACAUGGAAGCCUGCCCUCCUCCACUGCCUGACUCUGCCUUUAAACUCCUCAUUUAGCUAAUGAAUUGACAAAGAAGUGUUCUCUCCUUCCUUCCCCUUUGUGGGUCUGACAUACCCUAAUAGAAAACUUUAUAAUGAGAGCUACCCCAUCUGUGUUUUCUUGUCCUGUAGAACCUGAUUGGUUAUGAAAAAAUGAAAGCACCCAUUAUGGCCUUCUGGAGUUGUAAUGUAUUUGAGAUAAAGGGUACGGUAAUUUUACCCCAUGGGGGUAGCUUGAAUUCAUUGUUAAUUUCAGUUUGCUUCAGUGACAGAUAAUAGUUCUCUCUUCUCUGCCCCCUCUUCUCCAGGAAGAUGAGAGAAAGGUAGGGAGAAGGUAAGAUUCACAAGCCCGUUCCUUUUGACUCUUUCACUUCUGGCUAAAUCAUACCACUCCACUCCAGUAAUAAUUGUAACUAAGGGGAAUAUCAUGAGCCCUCUUUGCUUCUCUAUGAAUUGAGUGCUGGACACUCCCCAUUUUGUCUAGGAACAAAAGCAGUUCUUCAUUGCUUUUUGAGUUGACUACAUAACCAGCAUCCUGGACUUCCAAACACAAGGAAAUGCAUUGAAGAAAUUUCUUCAGUUUAAGUUAAUCUAGCUAUUUGUCCUUUGUAAAAGCAAACUCCCCUGGAGAUUAGAAAAACAGUUUAUCUCUUUUCUCUUCUGUUUAAUUUAGCAAAUAUAAGCUUUGCUAAUUAACCAGAUCCACACCUUUCAGACACAAGUCUUCUCACUUUCUUUCCAUUUGUUUUGCAGUUUUGAAGCUCAUAAAUGUAGUGUCAACUUUUUCCUUCCUCCCACCCACUCCUCACUUAAUUUGGUUUCUGGGAUCUGGGUAAUGUAGUCAUUUGUCAAAUAAAGGGCUUUUGAAUCCUCAGAAAUCUUUGCUGCUUCUCUCUGUGCUCUUUUGUUGUCUGGAAUUUAUAAAUGGAGGGAGGAUCUCUAGUUUCCAGUCACUCCUUGGUAACCGCUAGUACAGAACCCAAAAGCCAGCCUAUUGGGGUGGGGGGUGGGGAGGCCACAGGUCUGAAAAGUCAUUGUGCUAAGCUAUAGAAAUGCUCACUGUAACUAAGAUUGUAUCCAGCUUUUUGAUAAUACUCCUCUUGUUUUCAAGGCUAUGAAAUGAAACUAAGAUCUGUUCGUAGUUCUCAGUUAAGGCAAACAUGAAAAAAGCAAAGAGCCCAAGUGUUGAGAGGGUCUGCAUAAGUUAUGUAUAAAUUCAUUUAUCUGCCACCUCUUUAGGAAUAGCCAAUACAAGGAGGCUUACAUUUCAUAAAGUCAGUAAAAUAUAAAUAAAACAGCCAUGUCUAUUUCAGGAAUGAAGAACCCCCUAUACAUUUUAAAGUUUAGAUCUCUGCAGAGACUGAACUGGGUGAAGCAAACCUAGUUUUCAGAGGGCUGUGCCUUUGUACUGUAGUUUGAUUACUCUACAAUAUUUUUGCAUGACUGUUUUUGCAUUGGUGGCGGAAGAAAAUGGUGCUUACAAAGUGUGGCAGAGGUGUAAGGUCCACCUGCAAAUCAAGGCAUCACUUCCUGCUCUGCAGAUGCAGAGGCUCCUGGGGUUAAUAUUUAUCAAAAUGAGAACCAAACAGCCCCAGCAUAAAUGAAGGGUUGUGGAGAAAGUUGACUAUCAAAUCAGACCUAGAUAUGAAUCUUGCAUGAACUCUUCAUUGCCUAUUACUUUUAUUUUAUACAAGUCUGAAAUAAAAGUGUCUUAAUUGCAAACUUGCUCUUCCUUUUGCAUGUUGUGUGUAUUCCUCAUAGAAUAGAUGUAAAUUAUCCUUCCGCUGCAUGAGCUGUCCUGUUUAGUGAAUCUGCUUGGGCUGAUCCUCUAUGUGUGUAUACAUACAUGUAACUUGAUGUUUCUAUGUGUUCUGGUCAAAAGAACCUUCCAAAAUACUAUCUGUGUAGGUCCAGCACAAGUGUGAUGUUCCCUAACCAUGCUUAAGCGAUCAGGCAUGUUCUGCAAGUUCCCACCUCCCUUCCCUGCUGAUUUAUCCACUCUCCUUUUCUGCUUUCUGCCGUUUGAAGGCAUAUAUCUGCCACAAUGGUUCAUUGAUGCUUGUUUUUAAUUUAUUUUUGUUUGCCACUUUUUAUGAUUUUAGUGGUUUUGUUUUUAUAUUGUUGUAAACUGCUGAUAUAUUUUAAUGACAGAGAGGUAUAUAAAUGAUUUUUUAAAAUAAAUAAAUGCAAAUAGUAAUAGAAAUGGGAGUGAAAUGCCUUAAGAAGCAAGAAGUGAAAAAUCAUAAGGAAUGCAAGCACUCAGGUGCUUCUUGUCUUGUAUCGUCUGACAUCUUGAAAAGAUAAUGUAUUUUUUUUUGGGGGGGGGGGAAGCAGGUAGUAGCUUUAGACAGUGUGGGCUAAAGUUUAUACCAUAACUUGUUUAUUUUCAAAGGCUAGCUUAUAAUAUAAUGUCCUUUUCAGCUAGACUGUGUUCACUUAGAAGUGAGCCCUACUGAGUUCAAGUAGGACUCGCUCUCAAGUAAGUGUGCCUUAGAUUAAGUGAGAAGUCAUGUAUGUUGCCUGAUGCUCUUGCUUUGUAUUGUAAGCUGGUAAUAGUAUUCUUCUAUAUACUAGCAUACUAAUGGUAAGCUGGUAUUCCUCUAUAUACAGCAAAGUGGAUCUUUGUACAGCCAAAACAGCACCAUCCAUGCACAGAAAGAAGGGAUUGGCAGGCUUUGGGCUACCUCAAGGUUUUCAGAGCCAAAAAAAUUAUUUAAGGGGGGAACCUUAAAAAGAAUAUAGUGAGCAUGUUAGUGGCUAUAGAAUGCAGAUGCCUGUCAGAGGGAGGAGGAAAACUAGAGGGCAUUGUUGAAAAGAUGAACCCCCCAAAAGGCAUGGCUCACUGGAGUCCUGAGUAGAGGUACUCUACAGUGCAGCCUUUUCUUGCAAAUUUCACUGGCUCUUAACCAGUGAAAGUCAUUGUAUGAAUACCAUUCACUCAGUGUCGAAGAUUGGGCAGGAAAAAUAUUUGAUUAGUUUGCCUAGGAACCAACUUGAAAUGUUACAAAUGUCAACCUUGCCUAGGUAGAGUAAAUAUAGAUAUUCUGAAUUCCUAGAUACUAGCAUUAGAUUUUUAGGGGCAUGAAAAGUGAAGCAUCUGAGAAAUGUCCAGCCUUGGGUAAUAGAUUAGAUGAAGCAAAACUUAAAUUUCCAGUCCUUCUAACUUCUGAGGGAAAGCAUUUCUGCGACCAAAGAUGCUCAUGAAAAAGUGAUAGUAAAUUGUCCUUUCCACCAUUGUAAUGGGAAAUGCCCAGAACUAGUUACCAUGGUUAUCGUGGAACGUCUUCAGUAAUAAUUUUGUGUUAAAACAGCUUGUACCUCUUUUGAUUUGCUGUUCUAAAGUGUGUGUCCAAAAGGUCUCUUGUGCUAUUAUGUCUUUUGCAUAAUAGGGCUGUAAUGUGGUUGCAUCCUGAGGGAGCGCUGGGAAAGACUCUUGUCUGGAAGGUCAUUGCCUGUCUGGGUAGACACUUUGGAGCAAAUGGACCAAUUAUUUGACUCUGUAUAAGGCAGGUUCCUAAUUCUGUGUGCUGAAUAGACUUGAUAGGUUUUCUUACUUUGUUGCUUAGCAAGCAUCAGAGAUGCCAUUUGGAGUUUUUAUCGGGUUGUGUGACUUCUCAGCAAAUGAAUAUGUGCAUGUGAAAUGAAAUCAGUAGGUGUUCUUCAUGUGCAGCCUCUUUCUCAAGCUAUACUAGUGGUUAUGGAAUUCUGAGUUUUGUGUGGAGGCGUUUGGAUGAUGUGGCUUUUUGUUGUUGAAUUUCCCCCUGUUCUCAGCAGCAUCCAAGCUUUCCUCCGUUCCUUUGGUACGGUACUUCCACACUGAUCUUGAGCUGUCAUUCUUAUUACUAUCUUAAGAUAUUUAGACCUAUGCUUAGCCCUUGAAUCUGAAAUGACUAGCCCCCCCCCCCCCGGCAUGAGUACUCUGUGCUUACCAGUAGCUGUAUUCUCACUGAUUAUUUUAGGUGACUAGUGAAAAUAUGGAAGCUUAAAAAGGCUUUUACCUGGUGGUUUGUUUUUUUUACUGGUAUAUCUUUGUCUUAGUUUCAUUGGCUGUUUUGAAUUUUGUUAAGGGAGUUUGACUUUGUGGUCAAUAUUUGUUCAUCAUUCUUCCAAGAUUUUAAUUGUAAUUGCUAUAUUGUGUUCUUGACUGAAUCCCUGAAAGAUUUAGGGAUGGUAAAUUUGGUAGGGCUUUAAUGGACAGUCCCUUGUGUACUUGCAGACAGAUGUCAAAAGAAGAAGAAGAAACAAGUUAAUAGAUGCCUGAAGUCCUUGGCUCCAUAGUGCUGUUCCUCAUCUCAACUAUGAAUGUGGUCAUGUUCUCUUUUGCCGACAUUAAAUUAGGUUUUAAGGCUACUAAUUAAACAUGCCUAUAACUACAGGCUUUCUCUUCUCUCUUGUGGUCAUCAAUUAGGAAAAGCCUAUGUCUACAAGAUAUAAACUUAUGUCACCCUGGCAUAAUAAUACAGUCUCAUUGCACAGUUCUAGUGAGAUUAUCCAGAAUAAGACAUUAGGGGCAGUUUGGGGUGAUACUGCAAAGGCUUAGUUUUGCACCAACACAAGGCAGUAAUAGGGAAAAAAGCAGUAAAACUGGACAUAUGAAAGUAUGCCCUUUGGCAUCUUAUUGUGGCACAAGCUUUUGUGGUCUUGAACUAAAUAAGAUACACAGAAUACUUGCCAACUGAUUUUUAAAAUGUGUGCAGGCAGGGUAAUGUUUUGUGUAUGUGCGUAAUAUUUCUUCAUCAGAAGGGGUUGGCAUUAGUCUAUGAAAAAUUAGGAAACAAUCUGAUGAUCUUUGAGGGCACCACAAGGGUUAUGUGUGUACCUGCAAACUAACGCAAUAAACUCUCUGAAAUGGGAGAGAAUUCAGAGGAGGACCUGGGUGAAAUGUUUGCUGGGUGGCCAAAAUGGAAGCUGCUGGACCUGUAGUAAGCUUGAGCACUGGGAAAAGGGCAGAAAAUUUUGAAACCAUAUCCUGUUGGGGAGGGCAGGGGAAAUGUUAAUCUUCUGCAUCUGAUGUAGCAGACUGUAGUCUGUGAAAGCUUAUAACUUUCUAGUCUUAAAGGUACCAGAGGAUUCUUUGCUGUAUAUCUAAUAUCUGCUGUAUUUCUUCCCUUGAAAAAUAGCUCAGCAAGAUUAUUUUAAAUCACAAAAUGUAACUUUUAAAAUUGGUCUCAAUGAUCAGUUGCAUAAGUGUGAAACAUUACUGUACCUAGUCUCAGUGAAAAGGCCCAGUUCUCUUCUGUUAGAUAUACAGUGCAAUCCUAUGCUUAACCUACUCAGAAUCAAGACCCACGUGAGUGUUGGAUUACAAUGAUGCAGAUAUAUUUUUGCUUCCUUUGUUUCAACUUUAUCCUGGAUUUUUCCAGCCAUGUGUUCUGAAUAUUGCUUUGAAUUUCAGUAUUUUGCUGGGUUUGCCGCUAAUUUGAAGCUGUGUAAUACAUGUAAAAUUGGUUCCACAUUCAAGUUUACGAUGGGCUUUUUACUCCUCAAGGUGAUAGUUGUGUCUCAGAAUCUUGCAAAUGGGUUGGACUUUUGACAAACAAUAGUCAUGGUAUUGAUUUUAUUCCUGUAGUAACAUGAACCUACUCCAAAUGAUUCAAGUUAGGGGACAGGUGGAAUUCCUGUGGAAGAAUUCCUACUCCAUAUUUCUAGGAAGCUUUUUGGACUCACCGAGUGCUGUUUCAAAGGGGCUUUUAGAUAAAAACAUACACCACCUUAAAAUAACUUGGUACAGUAGAAUCUGAGCCGCCUGUCUUACGUAAUAGGGCUUCUCCCUCUGCGCUUUGUAAACAGAGGUCACUUCCUUGUUAUAUAGAGAACAAAAAAUGUCUGGGUUAGGGAGGGAAGAGGGAUACCAGGAUGUGCUCUGUUUGCAGUCAAGGCAAGGACACUAUGGGUCAUUAAAUAGCAGCAUUGCAGAAAAUUGUCCUUUGAUUCUUCUGCAGUCCUGUUAGAUCUCCAACCUUUACUGACCAGAAAACCUUUCAAUGCUUUACCCACUAAUUUUUAAUUAUAUUUGUUCCCCUUCCUGCUUUGUCUCCAGGACAGAGGUGAGGACCCCCUUUUCUGUUGAGGGCUGCAUUCCCCCUAGGUUGAUCAGGAUCACAUGUAGGCAGCGGGAGGGACCACCCCUUUAUCUCUCUAAGUUUGCACUGUGGGGACAGUAGAUUCCUUUGCUCAGAGAUCUGAAAUUAUUACUUGCUAGGGGAGUCCGUCCGUACCCCCCCCCCAGUUUAUUCUCCCUGCAUGAAAUUAAGUGAAAGGCUGCAGGUUCCCCACUCCUCUUGCGUGACCAGAUGAAAAGGAAAUGUACUCAUAGUAGUUCUUAUGCAGAGUCAAGAAGCGGUACCUACUGAAAUUCCAUCUUCUACCCAACUCCUGGACGUACAAAAACAGAACAUGAAAUGUUAUUGACCCACCUUAGGUCAUACAUACCAGCUGAAGGUAAGUGCACAUACUGUGCACAUACGAGCACACAUACUGUCUAAUAAUGAGAAGAAACCCACACAUCCCACCACAGUCUUUCCUAAAACAGGAAGUAUUUCCUACUGUUUCUUUUUGUGAAGUUGGAGAAGGGGAGUUGAUGCUGCAAUCCAUUCUGUUCAGUGAUAGAGUGCACAAUUAGAUGUGCACAGGUCGAUACCCUGAGGAGCUUACAAUAUAAAAAUGAACAUAACAGAAAUGAUGAGAUGGGAGGCAGGGGUAAACAGGAAGAGUACAUUAUGCCACCCAUCAAUUAAAUUCCCAGAGUGAUUGAUAAAUAGAACAAAGCAAUAAAAACAAAUAGUAAAUAUAUGGUAUCUGUUAACAGGUACCUGUGCUAAAGUUUGGUUGUAGUAGGGCAUGGGAACUGGGGAUUGAACCAGAGGGUUGAUAGAGAAGCUUGUGGGGAAGGGUAAAAGCAAGUGAGAAGUGUCAUCACACAAGUGGGAGGCAAUUCCAGGCAACUCUUUAAGGGAAUAGGAGACUUUCAGAUGGCUGAAGGUGGUGGUUCUAGAGGAGUAAAGGUCAUGGGCGCAGGGAGGUAUCCUCACAAAAGAGGAAAGAGAAGAGGGUCAAAGCCUUGGAGCACAUUGAAGGGUAACACUGUGCCUCUUCUGCUUGAUCUAGAAACAGAUGUGGCAGCAGUGAAGGAAGUAUUCCAAAAGGUCCAUGUACACAAAAACCUCUGAUUCGGUUGACUAAAAACAUAUCCAUCAGAGUAGUAGUUAAUGUUUUCUGGGAUUGUAUCCAGCUGUGUUUUUUGUUUUUUACUGUUAUGUGGAAGUAUGUGAACUAAAUGUGCAGUUCUAGUAUUGGGGCAGGAGAGAAGGAUCUCUGAAAUUAAAAAUCAAGAUUAACAUUAAGCAGCUGCUAUCCUGGUAAAAAGUUGAGAGUAGCUGAAAGACUCCUUUGUUACUAUUAUUUUUAAUUCUUAUGGAAAUGUUGACAGAAUUCCUUUCUGUAGCUUCUCCCAAAGCAAGGUUAUGAUUAUAACUUGGUUUGCCAGAUUGUGAUGAGCAGUUGGGAUUAGUCUCAUUCAGAUAUCACAUUUCAGAAGGUAUUUCUAGUUGUACCCUUAGCAUAGUUCCUUGUGGGCCAGCAUUGUUUCCCACAACUCAGCUUGGCAAAUCCUGCGUAUGAAUCACUAUUUUGUAGUUAUCUGAUAAUUUUGUGGUAGGAAACUUGUUGUUUUUACAUACAUCAGUUUUUCCCCUUCACCAUUCCCCCUUCAAAACACAAAAUAAAGUAUAUUAUUGCAGAAGAGGGGAAGGUCAGAGCUCCAGAUGGCAGCUGCUUGCUAAUAGGGUUAUUACUUAAUCAUAACCUACAGCGAAAAUACCCAAACUCCUACUCUACUCUAAAAUAAGUCUAGGCCUGCUAUCUAAGCACUUUUGUUUAAGCCCUCUGAAUAACUCUUAAGAUUUUCUGAGAGGGGAGAAGUGAGCCAGUUUUCCUAAUCUGUUUAACAAGAGAAUCACACAGUUCUGAAGCAAACUGGAGUGCAAGCCCAGCUGCAGCUCUCUACAUACAUACACACCCAAAUGUGAGAAUGGAAAUGGGAUUAGUGUCAGUACCUCAGCUGGACUUUGCACUCUAAGUGCUUUGCUCCAGUCCACAGUGAUACAGGCAGGGCAUGAGCAACCAUCGCAAAACCCCAACUGGGGUUUUCAUGGCCCACGGUGCACCUGCAGUUUGAGUCUCUGUUGUGCCUGUGUUAACCUGUCCUGUCCACUUUAGGCUUACUGGUCAGCCUUCUUUCUGAACCGGUAGUUCAGUUUAAAAAUUGAGCUUGUUGGGUUUUGCACACCGCACCUUCCUAUCUUUGAUCCAAAGUACUGUUUAUAUACCGUAAUUAGAAUCCAGUCUGUUUUGAAAUCUGGUCUUGUUCUUAUCUCAGGAGUUUGUUCUGUUUUCCUGCCUUGUUGGCAGAUUAUAAGGAACUAUUAUUAGUACAAGGCUAGUUUGUUUCUGUUAGGCUGGCUUGCUUAAUUGACAGAAAGGUGUGCUUUUGAAGAAUUUUACCUUUCCACCAAAUAACAGUCAAACCUCGGUUCUCGAACGGCGCCGUUUUUGAACAUUUCGGCUCCUGAACGCCAAAAACCCGGAAGUAAAUGCUCUGGUUUUUGAACGUUUUUCGGGAUCCAAACGUCUGACGCAGCUUCCGCUUGAGUACAAGAAGCUCUUGCAACCAGUUGGAAGGCGUGCCUCAGUUGUUGAACGUUUCGGAAGUCAAAUGAUCUUCCAGAACAGAUUACAUGCGACAACCGAGGUUUGAUUGUAUUCCCUUUCUUAUUGAAUUACCCCUUUUCUUGGCGCAUGUGACGUGGCCUGUAGUUAGUUUCCAAUUUGGAUUGAAUCCAGAUUGUUGCUUGUGGUGUGCUUAAUCUUUCCCUCAGCCAUGAUGUGGAUGUUACCAGAGUUCCAGCAUAAAAUUAAUGGGGCCAUAAAUGAGGAGAAUGUUCCCUCUUCUGUCUGGAAAGGUCCAGAGGGAAUUUGCUUAUGAUACCAUUUGGAAGUUUAAUUUUGAAUCCAUUGCAUUGCUAAUAUUCCAAGGAGUCUUAUCCAUUCCUUUAACUUUCACUUCCAUUUGCAAAGCAGGUGGUAAGUAUUCUUAGCUAAUCAGUGUAAAUUGAACGAUGUCAGCCUCUUUUUAAAAAACUGAAUUUGAAAAAGUUCCAUUUCAGUCCUUUUUCUUUUUUUGUCUUCAUAGUUUUAGUUGAAUGUAAAGAAGUCCCCGGCCAACAUUUUGUUGUAAUUCCUUGAAUCUCAUUCUUUAUAAAAAUGGAUUUGGCUUCCUUUUAUAUACCAUGUUAGACACUGAAAUAGUCAGGUUUCCUUCUGUUACCUCUGAGGAUGUGGACAGGCUCCUUGGAUGAGUGAAACUGACCACCUGUCUCUUUGAUCCUGGCUCAUAAAAGUGAGCUGGGAAGGGCUGGGCAAUGGGCUCCAUGGGGUGGUGAAUGCCUCCCUCUGUGAGGGAGUCUUCCCACACCUGCUUAAAGAAGCAGUUAUUAAACCGCUUCUUAAAAAACCAUCUUUGGACCCAGUCAAUAUGGCCAACUAUCGCCCAGUCUCAAAUCUUCCAUUCUUGGACAGGGUGAUUGAGCAGGUGGUCACUGAACAACUCCAGGCACACCAAUUGUGAUUCAGGCCUCAUCAUGGGACUGAAACUGCCUUGGUUGCACUGGUUGAUGAUUUCUGGCAGGCCACACACCUAGGUGAAAGCUGUUUCCUGGUCCUUCUGGAUCUCUCAGUGGCCUUUGACACAAUUAAUCAUGACAUCCUUAUGGACCAUCUAGAGGAAUUCGGAGCUGGGGGCACUGUUAUUUAGUGGUUCUGCUCCUUCCUCCAGGGUCAUGUCCAGAAAGUGGUGUUGGGGGAUGAGUUUUCAGAUCCCUGGGCUUUCACUUGUGUGGUGCCUCCGGGCUCCAUCCUCUCCCCCAUGCUUUUUAACAUCUAUAUGGAGCCACUGGGAGAGAUCAUCAGGGGGUUUGGACUGGGCAUUCACCAGUAUGCAGAUGAUACCCAGCUCUACCUCUCUUUUAAAUCAGAAUCAGUGAAGGUGGUGAAUGUCCUGUGUGAGUGUCUGGGGGUGGUAGGAGGAUGGAUGGCAGCUAACAGAUUGAGGUUGAAUCCUGAUAAGACAGAAGUACUGUAUUAGGGGGAUGGGGCAGGCAGCUGGGGGGACUCCCUGGUCCUGAAUGGGGUAACUGUGCCUCUGAAGGACCAGGUGCACAGCCUGGGAGUCAUUUUGGACUCACAGCUAUCCAUGGAGGUGCAGGUCAAUUCUGUGUCCUGGGCAGCUGUCUACCAGCUCCGUCUGGUAUGCCAGCUGAGACCCUAUCUGCUCUGCCCGCAGACUGUCUUGCCAGAGUGGUGCAUGCUCUGGUUAUCUCCUGCUUGUACUACUGCAAUGUGCUCUGCGUGGGGCUACCUUUGAAGGUGACCUGAAAACUAUAACUAAUCCAGACUGCGGCAGCUAGACUGAUGACUGGGAGUGACCACCAGGACCAUAUAACACCAGUCCUAAAGGAUCUUCAUUGACUCCCAGCGUGUUUCUGAGCAGAAUUCAAAGUGUUGGUACUGACCUUUAAAGCCCUAAACGGCCUCAGCCCAGUAUACCAGUAUCCUUCCUCAUUGUUCAGCCCAGACACUGAGGUCCUCCAAGGGUCUUCUGCUGGCUCCUUCACUGCGAUUAGCGAAGUUACAGGGAAGCAAGCAGAGGGCCUUCUUGGUAGUGGCACCCUCCCUGUGGAACACACUCCCUUCAAAUGUCAAGGAAAUAAACAACUAUCUGACUUUUAGAAGACAUCUGAAGACAGUCCUGUACUGGGAAGUUUUUAGUGUUUGAUGUUUUAGUAUGUUCUAAUAUAUGCUGUGAGCUGCCCAGAGUAGCUGGGGAAACCCAGCCAUAGAAUCAUAGAAUCAUAGAGUUGGAAGAGACCACAAGGGCCAUCGAGUCCAACCCCCUGCCAAGCAGGAAACACCAUCAGAGCACUCCUGACAUAUGGUUGUCAAGCCUCUGCUUAAAGACCUCCAAAGAAGGAGACUCCACCACACUCCUUGGCAGCAAAUUCCACUGUCAAACAGCUCUUACUGUCAGGAAGUUCUUCCUAAUGUUUAGGUGGAAUCUUCUUUCUUGUAGUUUGGAUCCAUUGCUCCGUAUCCGCUUCUCUGGAGCAGCAGAAAACAACCUUUCUCCCUCCUCUAUGUGACAUCCUUUUAUGCCAGAUGGGUGGCAUAUAAAUAAUAGUUGUUAUUAUUAUUGUAUCUCAUGUUACUGUUAACUGCAGCUCAGAACAACAAUGAAUUGCAGCAUUAAUCCACAUCAAUCUCUGCUGAAUAUUGAAAAAUGCAAAUAACUCUCAAAACCCACAAAAUUAGUCGAGGAUGCUAGUCACAGUUGAUAAUUUUGGGUUUAUAGGGACCUGAAAGUCCAUAUAUAUCAAAGCGGCUCUGGUUUGUGGUUUUUACAAUACUCGAAAGCAAGGUGGGGAAAUGAAAGUGGUGAAGUAAUUUUCAUCAAGCCUUGAAAAAUUAAGCGUUGCCAAGAGAAAUUGUUCAACUGUGGCCAUAUCACGCUACUGUGACUUUGGAUAGGUUCAUAUGACUAAAUGUGUAUUGGACUCCUUUGCUUUUAAAGGGUUUUGUGUGUGUUUGCCAUUGAGAAAGCAAAAUCAGCCAGUGCUUUGUGUGUUCUUAAAUAGAGCCGUUUCUUAUGGUUGUUAUGAAAUUCUUCAAUGCGAUGUCACUAAGAGGUGGCUGGGAGGGAUGCACAUUUCUUGUGUUCUGCUCUGUCUCUGGCAGGGACUGGGGUGAGGUUAGACUCCAGCUCCCAUGAGGCUUAGCUAUACUAUAUUGUCUGUACAGUAUAUAUGUGGGUUUUAAAAAAAGUUUCUUUGAUUUUCCUGAAGAAAUAUGGACAUUAAACAUAUUUGUUGCUGUAAACAUUACUGAGGCAGUGUGGUUUAUUUCUGAGCAUUUAGUAAUAGCGCUACGUAAAUAGAACAUGAAUUGCUGUGACAGAGGGCGCAAUUGGGUGUUGUAAUGCUGUAAGUGGGCCCACAGCUUAUUCUCCACUGGUUUUUGAGUUGCUUAUAUAAAUGCCCCUGCACAUUAUCUUGGAAGCUUUGCUUUCUGUGAUUUUACCUUGCAAAAGAGCUUUAUAAUAAAUGGAUAUAUAAGCUAAACUUAAUAUGGGUAGAACAUUGAAGCUUCAGGCCUCGGUGAGUUAGCCAACAAGUGAUUCUUAUUAGCAGAAGUGGUUGGGUUUGGGGGAAGUGAGAAAGCACUUCAAGUCUGAAAAGCUCUGUAAGUGGUAGAAAGGUGUUUUAACAUGCAGUGCUUGACAAAGAGUUCAUAGGUGGUAAAAAGUUAUUUAGUUCUAGGAGUAAGAAAAGGGAAUUUGUAGGAGCAGAAAUAGACAGCAUUUGCCAUUCUGCGCCUAGUGACAUUGAGGCCUUCCAUCUGUCCAUGGAAAGCUCUUCAAUCUGAGCAGGCAAAGAGUAAGGUUACCGUCAUAAAGGUUCGGUAUGCUGAUGACAAUGUAGUGUGCGCACGCUCAGAGGAUGACCCCAAACCAUCCUAAAUAUCUUUGCAGAAGCUUACGAAAAGCUUGGCCUAUCACUCAACAUCCAAAAAAACCAAAGUGCUGCACCAACAAGUACAAAAUAACCCCUCUGCAGCGCCACAAAUCCAACUCAAUGGUGUAGCGUUGGAAAAUGUCAAUCACUUCUCCUACCUAGGCAGUUAUCUUUCCACAAGAGCCCACAUUGAUGCCGAAAUCCAGCAUCGCCUGAGCUCUGCGAGUGCGGCUUUUUCCUGAUUGAAGUGCAGCACGUUUGAGGACCAGGACAUUCACAGGGAAACCAAAAUGCUUGUUUACAAAGCUAUUGUACUACCAACGUUACUAUAUGCUUGUGAAACAUGGACCACUUAUAAACACCAUCUCCAACUCCUCCUACUUGGGAAGACAGGCAAACUAAUAUCAAUGUACUGGAAGAAGCAAAGAUCACUAGUGUCAAAGCAAUGAUUCUUCAACAUCAACUUCGUUGGACUGGUCAUGUUGUGCGGAUGCCAGAUGAUUGUCUUCCAAAGAAACUAUUCUAUUCCGAACUUAAAAAUGGAAAACGUAAUGCUGGUGGUCAACAAAAGAGGUUUAAAGACUGUCUCAAGGCAAAUCUAAAAAAAUGUAGUAUAAACACUGACAACUGGGAAACACUGGCCUGCAAACGCUCCAGUUGGAGAACAGCCUUUACCAAAGGUGUCAUGGGCUUUGAAGACACUCGAACUCAGGACGCAAGGGAGAAGCGUGCUAAGAGGAAGGCACGCUUGGCAAAUCCACACUGUGAUCAACUCCCGGAAACCAAUGUCCCCACUGGGGUUGUGUGGAUCCAGAAUUGGCCUCCACAGUCACUUACGGACUCCUUGUUAAAAUUGUGUUUAUGGAAGACAAUCUUACUCGGCUAUGAGUGAUCGCCAAAGAGAAAGAAGAGUGACAUUGAGGCCAUGCCAAGACAUCAGCUUUGAGAGAACUAACAUAAGCAUGUUAAAGCUAAAAAAUCCAGUUUUAGUUUGUCUAGAUUUUCUGGAUGUGUAUAACUAAAAAUAAUAAAGUUUUGCUACUGGUAUCCUCCAAAGGGAUGUUCGGACAAAGAUUGCCUUCUCUUGGCCGCAGAAUUCCAUGGUCAUGGCAUGGGUUUCUUGAGGAUAACGCAACCUGAGAUCAUUCUCAUGUAUAUUACUUAAAGUAUAUUUUACAUCUUUUAUAGUCAUGCUUGUCCUUGUUCACAUGGUCAAGAGUUUCCCCAGACAUUAAACUGGAAUCAUUCUGAGCAAGAGUAGGGUGCUUGCUAACACAAUAAUUUGUGGCUUAGAAGUUAGGUGCCAUAACUGAAUUCCCAAAGUAUGUAUGUGAUGAAGAUAGGAAUAGAAUUUGACAACUCCUCCUGUCCCAGUAAUAUAUGGGCCAACAUACAGUCUUGAGUUUUCCAGACCCUUAAUGUGUGGUACAACUUAAGAGAAACACUUUGUACUUACAGGUUGUUUAAAAUAAAAUAAGACACAGGCAUAUUCUGCUAAAACUGGCUACUUGCUAGCUAGCUGCCUCCUAAAAUGGAGCUGAGGCAGCGUAAAAUGGCAGGUAAUCACAUGAAGUUGUCUCAUUAAUCAGAUUCAUCACAUAAUUUACUUUGUGUCCUUAAGUUGUUAAGCUGAGCAUUUUUUCCUGCAAGCAGCAGCUAGUGAUGUUGACAGGAGCUGGAAACUGCAUAAAUAUAAUGAGAUUGGGUGGGACAUGCAGGGAUUGGGGCUAUAAAUUGCUGGGUUGGAGAGGAAGAGAGGUGGCGUGGGGCAGAUCUGCUUUAUUGCAUCCCUGCUUUUUUUUGACAUGCUGUUCUACCACACUGUGUCUGAACUUGUAGGACGUGCUUGAGGAUACAAAAAGUCUUUAACUAGUAUGAGUUGCUUCCUCUGUUGUAGGUAGGAAAAGCUCAUGAACUAAGCAACCCCACUGCUGUUUCAUAAUUGACUCUUAUUUAGAAUCUAGUAAUAAAAAGGACAAUUACAUAAUUCCCCUCUCCUUGCCUAACAUCAGUCAUUAGCUUGGUGGAGUUUAUUGUAGUUAUUAAUGCAUCACCUCUUUUAUGGGAGUGUAUUCCUUGCUCAUCAGUUUGAGGUCCCAUCUGCACCAUACAUUUAAAGCAAUAUUUCACUACUUUCAAACAGUCACGACAUCCCUUAAUGACUCCUGGGAACUGUAGUUUGUUAAGGGUGCUGAGAGUUACUAGGAGACCCCUGUUCCCCCCACAAUACUCCAGUUUACCGAGUUCCCAGGAAAGAGGGAUUGAUUGCUAAACCACUCUGGGAACUAACUAUGAGGGGAACAGAGAAUCUCCUUGCAUGAACUGCCCUGAGGGUGGUAUAUAAACCCAGUGCUUUUUUCCCCUUUAAAAAUGUUUAGGGGUAUUCUUAUUUCGACUCAAGAAAAUCACUAUUUUAUAGUUCAAAUCGGAAGAAAUAAAUACAGUAAAUGGACAAAAGUACAAAGAUUCACAAAAUGUUUAGGGCUAUGCACAUCCCCCUGUGUCCCCCCAGAAAAAAAGCACUGUAUAAAUCUAAUAAAUAAAAUAAUAGUAAUAAAUGAACAAAAGUAGUAUAUAGUACUACUUUAAACAUCUAGUUCAGAUGGGACCUUAAUCCUAAUUUCAAGUGUGACUGCCUCUCAUGUGAGGCCCUCUGGUGUCCUUGAUAAUUUUUUUACUUUGGCUGUGUCCCACUGAUGGUGUAUUUGAUGGUGUAUUUGACACUUAGUGCACAAUCAUUUUAAAAUAAUGAUUUUAUAUUUAAUUUAAUCUAAAAAAAUAAUUUUGGGGAAUGUAAUGUUGCUUUUUAAUGUCUUGGAAAGCAUCUUUUACCCUUCUUGAUGUAACUGUGCUGGAGAAACCUAGUAAGCUUUAGUUAUUGCUCCCAUGUGACAAGGAAGCCGCUGGCAGGAACACUCAGCUUUGUUAAUUUAUGGGGUGGAAAAGUAGUCCUAUAUUUGCUACAUUUGCAAACCCGUGUGUGCUACCAGUUGGGAGCACAGAGAUAUUUAUUGCUUCUAACAGAAAUAUUUAAGGUGAUAAUGCUAAGUUAUACACUGGCUUCUGAAAGCUAAAUGUCCAGAGUCAGCAGACAUUAGCUUGGGGUUUUUGCAUAAUAUAAAAGAUUUAGUUGGGAGUGAGUGAGUUAGUGUGUAUAAUGUCCUCUUGAUAUAAAAAUAGAUGGGAGAGAAAGCAGACAGAUGAAUUGGAAAUAAUUAUUAAGAGCAAGUCACAUAAGAAGACUUAGUGAAGGGAAUCGUGCAGUGAGCCAUAUAUAAACAAUUUAUAUAAAGAAGAAAUCCACUCUCUAAAUCAUACGCUUUCCAUUUUUUUCGUAGCUUGAGUAGAUCCUAAACUUCGGGUUUAAGGAAUGUUGGUGGACUAGGCAUAAUUAAACUUGGAAUAUCCCCCCCCCCCAAAAAAAACCCAUUCAGGAGUGCCAUCAAAAGAGUCUGGCUUGAUGAGAUCAGUGGCCCACCUGACUAAGCAUCUAUUUCCCACAGUGCCCAAAUAGCUGCUGUCCAGUUCCCAAUUCACCACCAUGGGUCUUUCAGCAGCUAUUAGCCCUUUUUCUCCAGGAGGCCUAUUAACAGGAUAGGAUUAGAUGGGAGUUUGGUGUGAUUCAUUAUGUGAUUUAACAUCUUGGAUGGUGUUUCAAUUUGGUGGCGUGAUUCAGCAGAGCACUGAGUGUACGCACACCCCAGUCCUUUUCAUGUCAGUGACACAGUUUUUAAACAUGCAUCAUUUUGUGACACAGUAAUUCCGUUUUACUAGUAAACCAGAGGUUAAACUAACCCCUUUCCAGCCCAGGGAGGAGCGGGGGGAGCUUUUGCGAGACACACGUACACACUUCAGCUGACAUGCUAACAUGUUGCCACACCGUUUGAAAAGAUCUGAGGUAGAUCACAAAGACAGGAAAGUAAAAUCUGGGUUGUAUCCAAUGCUGGUGAUUGGAAUUGAUGGAUGUGACUGGCAGGCCCCAUUAAUUCCAGUGAGUUCACUAUGAGUAAAUUUAAUUGGAUACAGUCCAUUUUGUGUAAGGCUUGGCUGUACCUGACUUACUUAAUGUUCUCCUUCGCUUCCCGUAUUUGUGUUACCUAUCAGAUUGUAAUACACUUUUUUAAAUUAUGCUGCCUUGAAUGACUGACAGAAAUUGUGUGGGUGUGAGUGUACAUUAAAAUGUAGGAAACAUAUGUAGGCAACAAAUGAAGAUAUCCAGUCUUUUUUGAGAGCGGCUUAUGUGCAUGCUAACUCCUGAAUGCAAUAAAGAGCUCUUUAUCAGAUUUGUAUAAUCAAGGAAACAGGGCCUUGUCCCCCCUGUCCCAUUAGAGGAAACAGUAUCCUGCUGUUCACUUCUGCUGAAUGACUGAGUUCAGAUCUUACAAUUUCCCCUUUGAUCUACAAAUCUUAUUAGAGAUCUCGUGCGAGAUUCUGCCAAGCCAACUUUCCAUGUAGUGUUUGGUUUUUCAAGCCCCUCUCUUGUAAACCUAUCUUCUCUCUCUGCCCUCCUUCGUCCACUAGAUUAAAAUGGCAGGUUUAUUUUUAGAGAGUUAGCAUUUCUGGCUAGUCUGAUUUGAGGCUGCACAUACAGGCUUUUUCAAGUGAGGCAGAAAAUCCGAUAGCAACACAUCCUUUCCUCCUGCUAAUUAACACCAGUUCUGUGUGCUUGCACUGGGGCCCCACAUUUUAAUACCUAAUGCUGCCUCUAGGUCACAACUGUCUGUGUUGUUCUGCAGUCUUUUGUCGCAUCCAAACCCUGCCAUCCCGUCUCCCUCCUUCCCUCACCGGAAGGGGAGGAGCCAAUGUUAGCUGGUCCCAUAUUUUCCUUUGCUGCAACUAGGUAGUGUACCUGCUAGUAGACAACUAGCAUGUGGUGUUGACUACUAUGUUUAGUCAGUAAUAGAAUCCUUAGAAAUGUUGCCCAUUUAACACUUCCUCUCUUUUGCAGGCUCAAAACGUUCAGCUUAGCAAGGACAUGACUCUUGCCAGCAACCGCAGCCUGGCAGAAGGCAAUCUCUUAUAUCAGCCAAAGCUGGAUGCCCUGAAGGCUGCAUUGACGCAAAAAUAUCAAGAACUGCAGGUUAUCUUCGAAGCAUAUCAAAUAAAGAAAACGAAGUUAGGUAAUGAACCCUUCUUUCUGCAUCUUCCUGUUUUAAGUGUCUGGCAGAAUGGGCAUGCAGUAGAACUCUGUGGCAAACCAUACUUAUCAUUCCUAAAUUGGUUGGUGUAAAUGAAUACAGGGUGUUGCUGUCUAAGGGUCAGUAGAAAUGUAAGUAGCUAAGGCUGCCACAUGUAUUCAGUUAGAUCAGGGAUGGCUGACUGGUGACUUCCCAGAUGUUUUUGAACUGCAACUCCCAUUAGACUCAGCCAGCAUGGCCAACAUCUGGAGAACCGCAGGUUAGCCACCCAUGAGUUAGAUCAACCAUUAUUGGGGAUAUUUUUUAUUUUUAGAAUUAUUUUCCUAAAAUGUCUGGAGUUUAAUAUUUCAUUUAGCAAUUUUGCUUUGAUUAAUAUCUCUUACUGAUUUUUGUUCCAUUUAGACCGACAAUCCAGCAAUGCUUCCUUGGAGACCCUUCUAGCACUGCUUCAAACAGAAGGGGCUAAAAUUGAAGAAGACACUGAGGUCAGUGAAAAGAGCCCAGGAGAUCAAGAUGCCAACAUGCCUCUGGCAUUGGAAGACCUCUUAUCCCCUCUGGGUUCUCAAUGCAAUCUUAUCACUUCACCUAAAAGAGCUUGCAGAAAAAUACAGAUUACUUUAACAGCCCACCGACUUAAAUAUUUCCCUGAGUAUGACUGUUUUCACAGGACCGCUUGAGCAGUGGCUCAGCUGGGAAGUAGGGAAGGGUGUCUCAUGGAGCCCUUCUGAACCCAGGAUUCAGUGCUACAGCUUGACCUUGUAGAAGUGGGCAUGUGGCAUUAUUCCCCCUCAGAUUUAGCCAGGAAAUGGGCAUGAAAAUCUAGCUGGAAGGACAGAGCAGCUUGUCGGAGCACUUACAGAAAUUGUGCUCCUGUUGGUGAGUUGAAUUUUGGGCACUGCUGGACAGCUCCUUCCACCUUGCUUGGUCCACCACCAGCCUGUGAUCUUAAUGUAGUUCAGGAGGCCACAAGCACUGCAGGUCAGUGGUGUGGGGCACAACAUUUCCCCCAAAAAAAUUUCACAAAAGAUUUUCUGUUCCAUAAAUUCAUUACUAUGAGUGGGUACUAAUUGAAAAUCCUAUAUUAAGUGAGCUUGGUAGUUUCAAAGUUUUGUUUUAUUAAAUGAUAGUUAAAUCAUUCUGUAGGGUAGCAAAUUUUUACUGGAAAAAAAUGAAUUGGAAAAAUUUCCAGAGCCUACAUAACUGCCACAGAUGGCAGCCUCCUUGCUUUAAACUCUAUCCUUGCUUUAAGCUGCUUAGGGUUGAAAACAAGCAAAUUCCUUGGUCACUGCACUACAGAGUUAGUGCAGAGAGCCUGGCUGUAUUAGUCACAUUGUGCAAAGAAAUAGCUGCAUGUUUUCAAGGCUCUGUGUGUGGUGCAUGUAACACAAUUAUGUAAGUUGGCUUAAAUGCCAGGUUCUUGGCAGAAAAACAGUGCGAAAUUUCUUAAGCAAAUCGUCUUGAGAAUCUUAUAUUAAAAACAAAAAAGUACUCUGGUAGUCAUGGUUGCAAACAUAUGGACAGUGUCUAGAGGUUCAGAUCAGAGAGGGAAUGGAGGAGGUGAGGGGCAGAAGUUAAUUUCCAUGUUCUCUUCGAUCCCAGGCUGUUUCCAGUGCCUCCAAGUGCCUCAGAAGCCAUAAGAAAAGCUAGUAGUAACUUCUGCAGGAAAGAAAACCCCCUGAAGAUGAAAGAGGAGUGGGAGGAAAAUAGUCAGCUUCAGACUAAUCACUGAUAGUCCACUGUCCCUCAUGGCUGUUCUUCUAGCUCUUUGCUGGGAAAAACAUUCUCCUUUAUUACUUUUAUCAUUAUUUAUUAAAUUUAUAUAAUAAAUUUCCAGGGAGAUUUGCAGUAUAUACAGUAAGCAUAUACUCUCACCAUAUUCAUGCCAUCUGUGUAACUUGUUUCAUGUGUCCAGUUUGAAGUAGGGAAGAGUAUUCUCUGGCAUAGUUCAGUGGGAGAGCCCCUGCCUUGCAUGAAGAAGGUCCUAGGUUUAAUCUCCCUGGUAUCUCCAGGCGAGGCUGGGAGUCAAUGUAGGCAGUAUUGAGCUAGGUGGACUAUUUGGCCUGGCUCUGUAUAAAGCAGCUUCAUAUGUGUCUGUAUACUUAAAAUAUCCAUAUUCCUAUUAAUAUGUUCCCAGUUAGCAUACCCCGUGGCCUUUGCACAACUUGGCUGGCCAUUUGGAAAAUUAUGUCACGGUACAUUCCUGUCUCUAACAGACAGGGAAACACCAACUUAACCCUCCUAGCAAAAGCCACAGGGAGGUGAUUAUUGCUUUUAUAAUGCUGCUUGGAUGCAGAUCUGUACUUGAAAAGAGCUGAUGACACACUGCCUCUUAGCCUAACCUACCUCGCAGGGUUGUUGUGGAGAUUAAACGAGGAAGAGGAGAACCAUGUACACCUUGGAGAAAAAAUGCUGGGAUAUAAGUGCAGUAAAUGUUUUAAAAAGAGCUGCUCAGUGUUUCAGAGGCCUUACUGAUCUGUGGCAGAGCAUCAUGUUUUGCAUGUAAUUGGUAGCAGGUUCAGUCCUGGUAUCUGCAGUUAAGAAUCGUGUAUAGUGGGGCUGAGAGCAAUUUCUGUCUUGAGACCUCGGGAAGUUCCUGCCAGUUACAAUAGGCCCUACUGAGCCACUGUCUGGCUUCCCAGGUAAAGGAUCGAGCCUUGGCAGCGCAGCUCAUUGGUUGUGCUGCUGCAAGCUGAGACAGUUAUAUUCUUUCAUUUUGCAUAGGGAUGGGUCACCUGUGGACCUCCAGAUGACUAUGGACUACAAUUUCCAUCAUCCUUGACAUUGGCCAUACUAGCUGCAGCUGAUAGGAGCUGGAGUCCAACCACAUCUGGAGGCCCACAGGUUCUCCUUCCCUCUUUAGCAGAAAGAGAUGCAGUGAUGGAUGGAGCCUGAUGUUUUUUGAUUAGGGAAUGUAUUUCUGCAGUGUGUCCCUCCCCUAAUGGUUUGUUUGUUGUUUGCAACAGAACAUGGCUGAGAAAUUUCUGGAUGGUGAAGUUCCAUUGGACACCUUCAUUGAUGAAUAUCAGAGCCAAAGGAAACUGGCUCAUUUGCGACGCGUAAAGAUAGAAAAACUCCAAGAGAUGGUGCUGAAGGGACCAAGACUUCCCUUGGUGCCACCUCAGCCGAGAGCCACUGAGACACCACCAGCAAUUCAGACUUCAGAGGCAAAUGCUGCUCCUUCUGUUCUGCCUCGCCGCAAUCCUCCACCGCCACCCUUGGCGCCAGGAGUCCCGGCAGGACGCUUCCCGACUCCCUUUACAGCAGCAAUGAAUGCAGGACCAGCCCUCCCCUAUUCAGGUGUUCCAUACCCUCCGCUCCCCCCUCGAACAGGAAUUCCAUCUACUACUCAAAUGCUCCCUCCAGGAUAUUCAGCUCCGUUUACCCCACAGUACCCACCAGCGUUGCCCCAAAGACCACCGCCUCGCCUCCCACCAAACCCUGGCUUUAUCCUACAGUGAAGAUGCCAUCAUGCCCUGACUCUUGUGUUUUGGUGCUGAACUUUUUACUCUUUAUCUCCCACAAACUAAACCUAAGUAGUGGCAAAUCUCCAGACUUUGCACACAAGAAAUCAUAGCUGACAACUUGUGCAUCAGUGCAUCCUGCAAAACAUUGCCAUGUUUUGUUUUGUUUUAAAUCAACAACUGCAUAAAACACUUGCUUAGAAGGGUGGUAGGGCAGCCGAACUGUAAAUUUGAUUGUUUCCAUAUUAAGUGGGAACUUGCAUAGCUCUUAAGAGAUUUCAAGUCAGUGUGGAAUGACUGUGACUUCCCAAGGGAUCGUGUCUCUUUCUCUACUUGAUUUGCGCAUGAAGAACUUCAAUUUAUUUCUGCAAAAAAAAAAAAAUCUCUGUUCUGAUCUUUUAAAUGGUAGCUGUUGCAUAUACAUUCUGACUAUGAAAACACAGUAAAAUGGACCAGCCAGCAACCCUGGUGACUCGGUGCUUGUGCUCGGUGUUUGCUAACUGAGGCUUUAGCACCUAAUGCGGGACAAGGUGCUUCCCAUGCUGAAGUAAUCCCAUUCAUUUCAGUGAGAUGAUGCCAGUGUAAGUAGGUCCCUAAAUUGCCUUUUUUAAAUGUGUGGUAGGGAUCGAUCAACUUUUUUUAAACGUGAUGACCUCCAGAAAGUCUCAGGAUUAAAAAAAAUAAGUAGUGAAUGGACACCCGUUUUUCCUCCUCUUGUUGGAUCUUUGGACCAGAUCCAAAAUUUUGUAUUUUGUUCCAUUGGAUACCUUCUGCAACCUCCCCAUUCUGCUUGCUGUCACCCUUCUCUCCUCAUCAGUCUGUCUCCCAAAUUCCUUCAUUGUGGCAUGUAGGGUAGAGGGUCGUCUUAAAAAGGCUUUUGACCUGUAUUGUCUUCUUGCAUUGUGGAGAGCAAAUUCUGUCAAACACACUUUUGUGUGUCAUGACUUCUAACUAAUCUGAUGGGCAAUUAGUUCUAUCAGUUUAUAUUUUCAUCACAUCUUAAGCUAAAACUCCCACCCCGUGGAGAACCUCGAAUCUGUUUCGUAUUGAGCCGGGAGAGAGCUUUCUCUUCCCUCCAUGCCCCUCUAGUCUUCCAAACCUUUUGUUUCUUAAAAUUGAAGACCUGCUUCCAUUUACAAACUUUUCUAGACUGACUGCUCUUGAAUGAAUCUUGGCUGUUAGUUUUUUGUAUUUAAUUAACUUUUGCAGUCAUGUGACAGUUUCAGAGUCUUGAAAUUUCAUUGUUGCUUUAGUCCUUCUGGGGGCUCACUCUUGCUAUCAGAUGGGUCUGUGACAGAGUCCUGAAUAACAGCUAAAUAUGCUAAAUGCAAUUUUUCAUUGCAUUGGAGUUCCUUCCAAGAGUCUAGUAGGGGGUAAAAGAUCGUAGAGGGAUUAGCACACCAAUUUCACAUCAUUGCUCAUUGGUGUGUUUGAUUGAUCUCUCAUUUUAAUAAGCGUGGAUAGCUGUAAAAUGAAUAAUGUUUCAAGAGUGUUUGGAGAGGGACAGUUGUUGCUGAAUUCAGUAGGAAAUGGUUCUGAGCCUUAAAUUUUUCAGGGGACUCAUCCACAUUCCAGGUCAAGGGAACCUUGCUGAUUACUGUCUUUGUAUGCUCUUGCAUUCUUCAGCAUAAAACUAGCAGAAGCUUACUAAGAAGCCGAUGGAGAGAAAAAAGAAAAAUCUUUUGAGGUGUGAUAGAGGUAUAGGGUUGAAUACAGAGACAGUAGUAGUUAACACACAAUGUAGUUAGAGCAGAGUAGCUACUUCCGCUCUCAAAUGCUUCUGUUACCAGUUUUCCCUUAAGCCUUUCAGCACAGCAUCUUGCAGGAGUAGUUUGUUCUAUACGGGGCUAUGAAAUUAGUUGAAGCGAAAUGCAGAUUAAAUUGCUGCUGCUCUUUCUUUGUAGUCAGCAGGAUUGCCUUGUAUGCUAUUGAAUGGUGUAUCUCAAGGUAGUUGGCAUGAGUGUGAUUUUCAAACUGGCCACCAUUAAGGAAGCGCCUCCUCUAGUCUUGCUGCUGGUGUCCUGCCAUAAGCUUGAGCCAUGGUUGAGUUUGGGUUGCAUUCAGACUUGGCCUUAUGGCUUGCCAGGAACAAGAUUUGUAGCCAAGGCUUGUUCUCUGGUUUGCUGCUUGUGGUUUGUCUGGGGGAAAUAAACCAUGGGCCCAGAUUCAGAUGCAGUGCAAAGUCAUGGGUUAGUUCAUAGCAUUAUACCAUCUUCCUCAAUUUCCUCCCUCUUAACCGAGCUAGGAAAAUAGACCGUGGGAAUUCUAGCUAUGAACGCUGUUGAAGUGGAUGAGCAGGACCCCCAAACUUGUGUCUAUGCACUAAAAAAAUUAUAUAGGCUGUAGAAGUAAGAAGAAACUGAUGUUUACAGCUACAGCUACUUUAAUUCCAAAUUAAGUACGUGCAUGUGUGUGUGUGUGUGUGUGUGAGAGAGAGAGAGAGAGAAUCUGCAUUGGACUUCGAUAAUUUGUGGCAGGAAAACAUGCUUCAAACUAAUUUGCGGCUUUGUGCAUCUUGACUGUGAAGAACAUGGAAGUAAAACAGUUGCCAUCCAUAGGCAGCUUCCUUAAAGCUGCUGUAGCGACACUCUUCAUUUCUAUCAGCUUUUCACAAAGCAUGCAUUUCUCACAGCUCAAGAGUGCAAGGAGGAAAGUGUGAAGCUGUUGGAGCAGCACAUCCAUUAGCAACCUGCCUUAACUGUUUUGCUGUGGAAGUUUCAAGAAGGCCUGCUGUUAAUGCAUAAUGCCCUUUAACACUUACUUAAAAACUAACCAACCAAGCUGCAGUUGCCAAUCUAGACCUCCUUAUGAACCCUCCAACUUUCUUUCUGCCACUUUUCUUCCCGCCCCCCCCCCCACGCCAUCCUAGACUGUAACUGGUGCCCUUUUUGUUACGACAGGAGCUAAUUUUUUGUCAGCUUUGCAAAACAAAAUGGCCAUAAGAAACUUUAUAUUGUAUCAUAUUUACAUUCUUCUGAUCACUGCCCCUUUUGGGUAAGCUGGCUAAAAGAGCAAAAUGCAAAAACCUUUCAGCCUGGAAGCCUCUUUCUUCAAGCCAUAAUCUUCUGUUGGAAGAUAAAAGAUGAAACAUGGGAAAUCCGUGUGCAUUUGUGCCCGUCCUUGAACUGCCAUUUUUCUGUUAGAGGCCAUUCACACUUGCCUUGGAACAGGAUAUCCUCUUCCCAUCUGGCUGUGGGACUCUGAGGCUAAUUCUGCCAGGACCAAGAUUUUGAUCUUGGUGUAUGACUAAGUCCUACUGUGCAAAUCUUGGGGAAUUGUGAAAUUCUAGCUUGAUGUAGGAAAAAUGGUUUCUAGGGUCUGAUCAGGUAUAAGCUUUUAGUAUUCCAUGGAUGACACAAGAUCUCUUUUUUUAAAAAAAAGGUGACAAAAGUAUACCUGUAUUUGCUGAAUUCUGUAUCUAUUAUAAUCUUAUUUGGGCAUGGUAACUUGAGUUUUGCCCUUUUUUCAUUUUCAUUUUCUGUGCUGCUUAUUGUGUGUGGAAUAUGAACCUUUGGAGGUUGGUGAAUUUGAAAAGUUGGUUCCUUUAAUCAUCUGUUCAUAAUUUUUCUUGUAAAGGAUGCUUCUUGUGUACUCGGAGGCGCAUGGAGGACUCCUAUGAGUCACUUCUGUGUGCUAAAAGAUUAAGGGGGCUGAAUGAGUAAGACGCCUGACUUAAUCCUAGACAGAGCCAUAAACUGGAGCUUCUGAAACAGCCUUUGAAUAAUUGGUUUAUGUUUCAAAUAAGUUGUCUGUUACUUGUUCAGAUGAGUCAUUUGAAUGCAUUUUGGGGUGCCAGAGUGGCUUGUGAAGGCCAUUCCGUGGUUGUAACACUACUUAAUUUUGAAGAUCUGAUUAAAAAUUCUCCCAGAAGUUCAGUAUUGGGUGAGUCUUUCAGCCAGUCGUGUUACUCAUUCAGCAUGAUGAUAAGUCAUCCUUUUUCCAGCAACCAGAAUACAAACACUGGAGCUAAUGUAGCCAUCUUUUUACUGCUGCUUCAGAGCUCACAUUUGAGUGCCUAAGUGAAAGGCAGACCUCUGUUUGGUGCUAUAACUCUGUCAGUUGCCCCUCAAAUUAGACACAAUGUAGGUACCAAUUAUGUCUGCCCACCCCUUCAAAAAUAGGUUUUGUUUAACAAUAGAAAUUGGUUGUUCGUAUACUGUUGGCUAUCUUUAUUCCACCACCACCCUCAGCAUUACACACUCAAAAGAAAAAAGCUUGAGGCAAAUGUCUAAAUUGAGGUAGAAAUGUUGACCAAUUGAGGCAGAGGCAUCUUAAGUUUAGAUAGCAUGUGCUGGGCUGGUGGUAGAAUUACUGGCAUUCUCACAGAUUCUCCAGGGCUAAACGGGUUAAAUAUUUCUCUAGUUUGUAAUGGUGGUAUAACCUUAGUUGAUAGCUUCUCAUGUGAGCAUCCUUUGUGUGCAACAGAGGCGGUCGCAAGCCCACUUACAAAUUUCACAAAACAUAUUUAUAUACUUUCUAAAGUGUUUUUAGACAGUGAUUGUCCCUAUCAAGAAAGAACCCCAAAGCCCAAUACUAGUUUUUAAAGAAAUUUUGCCUUUUAAAGCAGCAACAAUGUAUUUUGCAAUUGCUGGACUGUUCAGGGUUUCCUCAUGGAGAAGACAACCGCACUACCAGCAACAAAAGUGGGCUCUCUUUGUAUCCAGCAGCAGUGCAUCAUGGCUGAUGUGUGCCUUAGGAUCACUGUUUGUGACUUGCUGAUAAAAGAUACCUGCAUAUCUCUCAAUUCAGUGGCCAUUCAAUUGUCUUUUUCUAAGGGCUCCUUUCUGAGGGUUUCUUUUUAUGAUGCAGGAUUUUGAAAGUAAACACAAGGCAGUAUCUGCAAUUUGCUUGUGGUGAGAAGUGUAAAUAUGUGGUUGGUAGCCGUUGUUACUAAACUGCUGUAAUCAAGGAAAAGGUGGGGAGGGCUGAUCCAGUAGGCUGGUAAAUCAAGCCUGCCAGAAGAACUUCUGUUUGUCUCAGAUGUGGCAGUUAAAGGAGGAUGCAGGCAACAGCCACCUGGGGCUCUGCAGGGGGAGGAAGGUGUUGCAGUUGUGGCUUAGGGGUUAUCGCUUGGCUGGUGCUACAGCGGAGCACUUGUUAGAUGUCAUUGUGUUCAAAAUGGUGAUAGCAGGAAAUGCAGUUGUUAAUUGUGCAAGACAUACUUUCAAAUGUUUGUAACUGCAUGAAGGAGGGCAAGACCUUUUGUUCCCUCUUGCAUGGUGGAAGUCCAAAUGUUCAGCAAAAUGUUGGGGGAUGAGCACAGAAAGCAAGCUGUCCUGUGAGGUCCUAUGAAUGCAACGCUUCUUACGAGAGAACACUGUUGGACAUUUCUUCUGAUUAAGUGGGACCUGGGUGGAGAUGAAACCAAAGGAGUCAGAUGCAAACGGAUGAAUGAUUUCUUCCCCACCAAUACCUGCUGCUUGCACCCUGAUCCUGCACCCCACUUCCUUCUAUUCUGCAUUCAUACAGAAGGAAGUAUUACAUGUGGGGCUUGGCCACCAGCAACCAGUUGUGGGGUAACAAAGGUGAGAAUGGCAUUUGAAUGGGAGGCACUCCACCGUGGGUGGGGCUUCUUGAUCUGAAGGCCACUUGUGAACAUGUGUUGAGCAAGCAUUCCCCCUUUAUGGAGUAGACUUGAUUCCAGUAGUGGCAAAAGAUUUAGGAGCCGCCUGGUCAUAACCUUCUUCAAAACACUUCAACAUAUGACUUCAGAUGCCUGCAAGUGGCAAAUGUUACCUGAAAACUUUACAAGUUUUUUUAAUAAACAAAAGCAGUUGAAGCUCAGAAGUUUAAAUAGCGUUAGAAUAUAAACUGUUUUAGUGUUCCAUUUCAGAUAUUACUCUUUUGCUGACCUUUAUAUAAAAAAUUGCAAAUGUGUUUUUGUUCAUUAUACCUGUAUUGUGCAGCUAGUGAUGUUUUUUUUAAAAAAAAAAAAAACACCCAUUGAACAUACACUAUUGUGAGGUGAAGAAAGCCAUACUCCCUUGGCAGGGUUGUGUGUGUGUGUUUUGGAGAGGGGAGAGCCACUUUUUUUAUACACAACUGUCUUAAUUGCCCUUUCUAUAAGAGUAUACACAUGGAGGGAUGUCUGCUGUGAAAGGGAAUUUCACAGUGUACUUGCUUGACAUUAGACCAUGCCUAUUUCGUAAUUGUAUAUAUUGUGGGGAAAGUAUAAGUGGAUUUUGCUGGAUUAGCUUCAUACAUCCAGUGGUAGCAGCAGAAUGCAGAAGAGGUGGGGUGGGGUUAGUACGUAAGAAGAGUCAAACUUAGGAUAGGUAACUAGUUUUACUAAGGGAGGCUGGCAGUGUAUUUAAGUCCAAUAAAGAAGCAGGUGUGUCAGAUGCUGGCAAUUUGGUAAUCCUCUGUAGUAGGCUGUAUUCUGAGGCAUCAUCCUGUCGCUUGUGCCUCAGGGGCAGGCUGCUUGACACUUAUCCCAGGGUAAACUAGUCUUAGGAAGACAUGCAGCGUGUUGCCUCUAACCCCCAGAGAAGCUACUGGAUACUUUUAACUAAGCCUCUAGCAGAAUCUCACUUCUGGAAGUAGGACUGUUCCUAAUGUAACAAGUCUGUAAAAGUUUCCUUUGUGCUAUACAACUGAUGAGGAUGUGGUUUCAAAACGAGCUUCAGUGUUGAAAGCCGUUUGUUUUUCUUGUAGAAUUGGCUGUUAACAAUUUCAAGAUUGCAGUGAUUACCGAAUAAAAAAAUGCUAGAUUUUGUACAAA